AUGACUCACGAACUCGCGGCGCGGAUUGAGUACUCGGAGAAGUACGUCGAUGACACCCACGAGUACAGGCACGUUCUGCUUCCCAAGGAAAUGCAACGAAGUUUGCCAGACCGACUCCUUGCAGAGACCGAGUGGCGCCAACUCGGAGUUCAACAAAGCAGAGGAUGGGUGCACUAUGCGAUUCACAAACCUGAACCACACAUUUUGCUCUUCAGACGCCCGUUGGGCACGGACCCCACCACCGGCCGCGUCAACUCGUCCAUGGAACGCGAAGCCAAGGAAAAGUACGCGCAAGAGAUGGGCCAAGUCCGCCAGUAA